CCGCGGUGCGGGCCCAUGGCGGCGGCGGGCGCGGCGGGGACGGCGGCGGCCCGGUCGGCCGAGGGGCCCCCGGGGCCAGCGGCGGCGGAGCUGUGGCUCAAUAAAGCCACAGACCCAAGCAUGCCAGAACAGGAUUGGUCAGCUAUCCAGAAUUUCUGUGACCAGGUGAACACUGAUCCCAAUGGCCCAACCCAUGCGCCCUGGCUGCUGGCCCAUAAGAUCCAGUCUCCACAAGAGAAAGAAGCUCUUUAUGCCUUAACGGUGCUGGAGACAUGCAUGAACCACUGCGGAGAGAAGUUCCAUGGCGAGGUGGCCAAGUUCCGCUUCCUGAAUGAGCUGAUCAAAGUGCUGUCCCCAAAGUACCUAGGGUCCUGGACCACAGAAAAAGUUAAAGGAAGAGUCAUCGAAAUACUCUAUAGCUGGACAGUCUGGUUUCCAGAAGACAUUAAGAUCCGAGAUGCUUAUCAGAUGCUGAAGAAACAAGGAAUCAUAAAGCAAGACCCUAAACUACCAGUGGAUAAAAUCUUGCCCCCACCUUCUCCCUGGCCCAGGAACUCCAUCUUUGAUGCCGAUGAAGAAAAGUCAAAGCUUCUGACAAGGCUUCUGAAGAGCAGCCACCCUGAGGAUCUGCAGGCUGCAAAUCGGCUGAUCAAGAGUUUGGUCAAGGAGGAGCAAGAGAAAUCUGAGAAGGUAUCCAGGAGAGUCAGUGCCGUGGAGGAAGUGCGGAGCCACGUGAAGGUGCUGCAGGAAAUGCUGAGCAGGUAUCGCCGGCCGGGGCAGGCUCCGCCAGACCAGGAGGCCCUGCAGGUUGUGUAUGAGAGGUGUGAGAAGCUGCGGCCCACCCUGUUCCGGCUGGCGAGUGACACUGUGGACGAUGACGACGCACUAGCGGAGAUUCUCCAGGCGAACGACCUCCUCACCCAGGGAGUUCUGCUGUACAAACAGGUGAUGGAGGGCCGCGUCAUCUUUGGGAGCACGGUGACCAGCACAGCAGGAGACACUCCUGUCUGCAGAGUCUUGCAGAGUCCAGCAGCCUGCCCGAGGAGCUGCCUGAUUGACUUGGAGCCAGACAGUGGGUCUGAGCAGGCUGUGCCUGGGGCGCCAUCUCUGCUUCAUCAGGACCUGGCAGCCUUAGGAAUCAGUGAUGCUCCAGUUACCAGCAAGGUUGCUGGGCAGAGUUGCUGUAAGGAAAAGAGGAAUCCUGCGGGCACACUGCAGGGUGGUGAUGUUCAGAGCCCAUCAGCAGAGAGGAGCGUGCUGGACCUCCUUUCCCCACAGUCACCUUCUGGCGCCCUGAAUUAUAUUCCACAGAAAAAUAUCCCCAAGGAGGUGGCACCAGGUACUAAGUCCUCUCCAGGUUGGUCCUGGGAGGCUGGCCCAUUGGCUUCGUCUUCCUCUUCUCAGAAUACACCUCUGGCUCAAGUGUUUGUCCCUUUGGCGUCUGUUAAGCCCAGCAGCCUGCCUCCGAUCAUCGUGUACGACCGGAAUGGAUUCCGAAUUUUGCUCCACUUUUCCCAGACGGGGGUCCCUGGCCACCCCGAGGUGCAAGUGCUCCUGCUGACCAUGAUGAGCACUGCCACCCAGCCUGUCUGGGACAUUAUGUUUCAGGUGGCCGUGCCAAAGUCAAUGAGAGUGAAACUGCAGCCGGCGUCCAGCUCCCAGCUCCCAGCGUUCAGUCCUUUGAUGCCUCCGGCCGUGAUCUCUCAGAUGCUGCUGCUUGACAAUCCACACAAAGAGCCAAUCCGGUUACGGUAUAAGCUGACAUUCAACCAGGGCGGACAGCCUUUCAGCGAAGUAGGAGAAGUGAAAGACUUUCCAGACCUGGCAGUCUUGGGUGCAGCCUAACUUUUUUCCAGACACACCCUGCCAUUCGAGUGUAGGCAAUGUUCCUUGUGCUGUCUACAUGGGACUAAUCACAGUGACUGAGCGCAGACUGCCAGGAGUGCUGUCCUGAUGCAGCCUCCAGAUGCCAGCCUCUGGCUUGUUUUGUACUCUGUGUGUGUGUGUGGGGGGGGGGGGGGGGUGCGCUUGAACACACUGUACCGGGUUCAUGGGAGGGUGGAACAGAACUUGGAUGUGGUCAGUAUGCAAAGUGCAGAAGCAUUUCUGCAACCGCCUGCUACGAGCAUAUCUGUUCUGUCUGGACACUGGUCUUCUGCCUCAGGCGGGACAUUUUAUAGCCAAAGCUGUUGUUUUCAUGUAUUACCUUGUCACUCAUCCACUCUGUGCCUUGUCAGCCUCUGAAAGUCUUGGUUGCUCCCAGGUUGCUGCUCUCAGGGACCUUAACAGGGACCCAGUGGGUCUUGGGGCAGAGGGUGCUUCUGGGGCACUCUUUCCACUUCCACUAGGGAAUGCAGCUGGCACGUGUUCCAAAGACCUUCUAGAUGGAAUGCGUGUCGCAUGUUUUCCAGGCAAGAGGCUGCACCGACCAGAGGACCACACUUGGUGGCCAGUCAUGUUCUUCACCACUGUGCCUUCGAACCUCCCACAGCUGGACCUCAGGGCGGCGGGGAACGCAGAUCCCAGGCCUCACUCAGGCCUUAGGCUCCGCGGGUUGUGCAGCCUGUCUGGGCCCUUACUCGGGACCCUCAUCUCCAUCCCGUCUGCCCAGGCAUGUACUUAGAGCCCGGGUGGCGCAGUGCCAGUCACCGUACAUCGUAGCUAGCAGGCUCCCCCUCGUCUGUUGCCUUCGCAACCCAAGAUGAACUGUGAUGCAAAUAGAUAUGAAAAGAGCUUAGCAGUGAUUUAAAUGGUGACUAAAUACAGAAAGUCACUGAAUAAAUACCUGUGUAGCAAA